AUGAAUGAUGAAUGGAGUCGAUGUCCAAUUUGUUUCGAAGAUUAUUCAUUAAUACAUAGACCAACGACAUUUGUUUGUGGUCAUUCAACAUGUAUUGAUCAUACUAUUGGUCCUAAACGCCUACAACAUUGUCCUAUUUGUCGGCAUCCAUUGAAGAAAGAAGAUCAAUAUCAUGUAUCGUACAAUCUUGAAGAGGCUUCACGUUUAUUUCAACUAAUUAAAAAUACUAUCGAUUGGUCAACUGUUAAAUGUUCACCAGUACCAGUUAUUAGUCAUGAAGAAAACAAUGCUUCAGCAAUGAUCAAACGUGAUGAGAUCUAUGCUCAUCAAGUACAAGCUGAACUUAAUCGUGAAAUUGUCAAUGAAUCUUCACGAAGAGUGCGAGUUCCAACAAGAAAUCAGGCAUUACCAAUCGAAGAAAUUCGAACAAACUUAACAGCAUUACAAAUAAAUCAAGUUACAGGUCAUCAGAAAGGAUGUGGCCAUCGAUGUGAUCUGGUUUCUACUAGACAAUGUUGUGUAUGUUCCGAUAGGCGACCACAUCAUCAAGAUAAUACGUAUCCAGCAUAUGUUGAUGGUCGAGGAAUAGUAAAUCGAGUAACACGUAAUGAAUAUUAUUGUACGACUUGCAAAAUACGAUAA